UAUAAAUUUUAACUGCAGAAAUGUCCAUACCCGCUCAUGGACACCUAUGUUAACGAAGGGCAAGCUGUAAAUAUCGAGUUUAGGUCGGAAGCAUGGCCGGGCUGCGAAGAGUUUUCCAAGUACUGGGAAGUAGAUGAAUCCUCAUCGGCUUUAGAGGAGCCUGCUAUUCUGACCGGUGGUAAGAAGCGGGAACGAAACAGCUGGUUUAGAAUUGAGAGAGAAGAAAAAUUUGUAGGAGGAAAUGCUUACAAAUUGACCACCUUAGCCGGGACCAUUGGAACCGUCCCAGGGCCUUGGGAAAAUGCACCACAACUAGUUCUCACCAAUGAUACUGCUAAGACCUUCCUCGUCAAAUUCCACAAAGUACAUGGUGAUACUACAUCUACUUCACGUCUGGAGAAGUUAGGUCUAAGGAUGUUCCCAUUCUACUAGUCAACAAGCUAAGAAUCAUGUAAUGUAAAGCCUGGCCUAAAGUAAUGGGUUGAGAUAAUACCCUCAUGCGCAUGUACCUGAAUUCCAUAAAUAAAACAAAACUAUGUUUGUCAAAAAA